AUGGAGGUCUUUGACCUCGAGCUGGGUGCUUUGUUCGGCACACGAGCCCGGAUGGGUCUCUCUGCAAUCAUGACAUAUGCGGGCGGCGCCUACAUCUUCACGCGGAAGGAGUAUGCGAGCCGCAUCCGCAUUCUGCUGCGAAGCUGGAACACUGCGGCGAAGAAAGGGGAAACCGUGGAUCAGAUUGAUGACCUGGACAGUAAGUCCAGCGAAGAGGAAGAAGAGGAAGAAGUCGCACAGGAGCUUGUGCAAGCAGACGCGAUGAAAAGCCAAGAGGGAACCGGAAAGAACCCUCAGUUGAAAGUCCCGACAACCUUCGAUGAGAUGUUCCUCUUCAACGCUGCAGUGAUGGGUUAUGCAAACAGUACGUGGAUGAAAUUUAUUCUCGAGUACUUCGAUCCUAUCGUGUCCAAUGUGGCCAAUUCCUACCGUUUGCAGGAAGAGUGUGAUGUGCUUUCGCUGAAUCUGGCGAAAUGCAAAGGUGAGAUUAACCUCCCAGAAUUCAAGUCGGUGAUGCUGGCGUCCCUCAGGUCGUUGGUUCCCAAAGAGUGGAACUCACAGCAUGAGGUCGCAUGGAACUGGCUCUGGGAGAACGUGGAACGCCUGCUGCGACAGCAGCUAGGGCGACCAAGAGCCCAUCAGAAGGCGCUGGAAAGAUUUAUUGGGAGCUUGCAGCAGGAGCAGCUGACCACCUACUGCCGUGACGAAUACAAAAGAUUUUUUCAGCUCGCGCCUUCGGGGCAGGACUUCUUCAAGCAGAGCACGACGCGGCUCUACUUCAUCGCCGAGAAGAUCGUGGAGAUGACGGUGGAAAUGUACCGCACACCGAAGAAAAUGGUGGAGGAGCUUUCAGGUUUGGGCUUGAGACACGUGGGUUAUGGUGUUCCCACUGAGCUCUUCUCCCCCUAUGUCAGCUCUGCCGUCGAGGUGAUCCGUGGCAUGAGCACGGACGAAACCACCGAGAGCGCCUUCGCUUGGAGCCUCACAUUGAUCGCGAAGAUCAUGGUUAGGACUUUGGUGGAAGGCUCCACUGUGGUGAUGCAGGCCAUUAACACCAACAUCGAAAAGAAUCUCAAAAAGGCUAUCGCGGUGGCUCCCCGUGGCAAACGCGCCAUGGAGCUUUUAAACAUCACCGUGGGCACUCAAUCGAUUUCUCCUUUAUACUGGGCCAUCGAAUCUGGAAGUCUCAUCUGUGCACAGGCCAUGAUUGAAGAUCUUUUGACCAUUCGAGCAGAUCGAGACAAUUACUAUUUUGGAGCUGAUGCGCUGUUCACACGUCACCCGGAAGUCAUCAAGAAACUCUCCACCAGUGCUCCAUCGUUGCUGGAGCCGCUUUUGGAAGGCUUGAUUUGGCGCUCCAGGGUGAUUAGCAACGGCUAUCGACGGGUGAACUGCUAUUGCAAGCACUUGAUGCAGUAUCCAGAUGGCAAUCCUCAUCAAGCCCUUCAAUGGCUAGUGGAGUAUGGUAAUCCUGUGACGAUCAGCCAAUUCACCAUCGUGUUGGUGGCUGAUGUAAUGUGGACACGUCUGGUGGCCUAUCAUUUUCUGCUUGGUCGCUGCUAUUUCCUCUUCACUCUUUGUUUAGCGGUCACCAGCCAGUCCUUUUUAUCAUAUCCAUCUGCCCUUGGAGAACCGGAGACCCUGGAGCGAAACGUCGUGGUCUUCGUGUGCAGAGUCUUUUUGUACCUUGGAAGUAUGUGCAAAAUCUGCUACACGCAGAUCCGGUACUUUCUCGCCGACUGCCGGAACGGAGCGAUUGACCGGACCUUUUACAUUCCAAUCCCGCAGUAUUUGUUUUCACUUCAGUCUGGUGGAAACUUCGUUCUUCUCUGGCUCUUAGUUGGCAUGUGCAUCGAAGAGCCGAUUUGGCACUGUGGAGAGUUCUCCAUGGACUCCAUGAAUGAUCAUGAUGAUCACUCAGAAUUACUUUUCGCCACCCAUUGCGAGCACGUCAGCGGGGGUACCAAGCGCGUCUAUUCCAUGUUCUCUUGUCUCGCCAUAUUGCUCUAUUGGACCUUGCUGUUGGACUUUUCCAUUUUCUCUAUGCACAUCAGUGCAUACGUCUUGGUCUUUGGUCGGGUCUUGUCAGAGGUGGCCCUCUUCAUCAUGGCCUUGGUCUUCCUCAUCAUUUCCUUCUCAACAGCCAUCAUGGCGCUGGAACAUGAACUGGUGGACUUUGCAGACUUUGGAACGUGGUUCCUUUCCUUGACGCAGAUGUCCUUGGCCAUGUUUCCCCAGGCCUACUAUCAGCUUUUUGAGCAUGAGGCAAACCUGUUAGUCGUGAUCAUCAUUUUCGUGUUGAUCGUGUCCAUUAUCCUGGUAAACCUGCUGGUGGCACAGCUGAAUCAAGCAUAUCAGCACGUCUACACCGACAUGCAAGGCUAUGCAAGAUUAAACCGUGCGUCAGUGAUUGUCACGACCUUAGAAGGCAUCUCGGCGAAGCGCUGGGCACGCUUUUUGCAAGGGAUGAAGUUGGAGGAUCGGCUGGAAUUCAACGAGGGCGAUGUGGGCUUGCCAGGUAGAUGA